UGUCAAAGAGCACAAAGCAGUGAGAGAAACACCAGCAGCAGCGGCAGGGUCCAAAGCAAACGCCAGAAAAUCCAAACCUUUUUUACCCCAAAAAAACCUUUUAGCAUAAUACAUGCACUGUUGUUUUAGCAAACACACCUCUACGAAUCUCAAACCAAAUACCACCAUAUAAUACUACCAAUGUCCCAUGAAUCUCUUCACCUUUCUUCUCUCUUGCUAUAAUCAUUUUCAACCAAACCCAAACCCAAACCCCUUUCUCUCAUAAACAAAGCAACAAAGGUUCAUCCCAGUUAGGAGUUAGGACCUCUCUUCCUUUUUCAUUUCCUCGAAUCCCAAACACCACAAAAACCAAAACCCACCUAAAAAAUGCAAUCAUUCCCCUCCACUCUCGCAUGCUUUACUUUUUCAACGUCACUAGUACUAGUACUACUCUUAUUUCUACUACCUUUUUCUCGGGCCGGUUUACUCUCCGAACCGGUAAGCGACCCCAACCAGCCACUCGAACCGGGCUCCAACACGGUCCCUGCCUUCCCCGUCCAGACCCAGGCCCUCACCUGCCGCCUCGACCUCUCCGACGAGCUAUUCGGCGGAGUCAAGGACGCCUGCGGCAAAGACCUCGACCGGAGCCGCUGCUGCCCCGUCCUCGCCGCCUGGCUCUUCGCCGCCCACGCCCGCACCGCCCUCGACGUCUCCGCCGCCCCGCCUCCAUCCUCCGGCGACCUUCCGAUGAUGCCCGACGACUCACAAAAAUGCGUCAACUCGCUCCAGGACUCGCUUCUCUCCCGCAACAUACGAAUCCCUCAGUCCAACGCCACGUGCGACGCCAUUCUCUGCUUCUGCGGCAUCAGGCUCCACCAAAUCACGUCGCUGACUUGCAACGCUGCGUUUAACGUCUCGCUUUCUCACAGAAACGCCACUCCAACCGCCGCGGUUCGCAACCUGGAGAAUAAUUGUCGUAACUCCUCUUACGCUGGUUGCACUAAAUGCCUCGGUGCCCUACAAAAGGUGAAGGGGUAUAAAAAUGAGACGAAGGGAAGUGAUAGAGUGAAGAAAAUGUUCAACCGGGACUGUCAAUUGAUGGGGUUAACGUGGCUUCUUGCAAAGAACAAAACGGCGUACAUACCCACCGUUUCGGCGGUGCUGCGUGCGAUGAUGUACAGUGCGCACCCUCACGAGUCCAAGUGUAGUCCCGACCAGGAGAACAUGCCGCUGGCCGUUGAUUCGCUUCAGUUCGAGAGCGGCCACGCGCCAUCGCGGCCGUCCAAGUUUUGCGUGACGAUUUUGCCCCUCUUGGUUCUCUUAUUUUCCGCUUUUGUUGUGUAGAAAGAAAGGGUGGGCCCACUCGGUGGGGUUAGUGUCUGUCCUCUUCUCUUUCUCUCUCUCUCGCUAUCACGUGAAACUUAGCUACUCGACAAAACAUGCAAACAAACGGGGGUAGUUUGUUUUUUACUUGAGAGGGUUUUUCUGGCUGUAAAUUUUCAGAGUCCAUUGACAUGUUUGUGUGUACAGUGUCACCAACUUACAUAGAAAGAAGUGGUUCUUUAUUUUUACCUCUCCA